AGUAUAAUGGAUAAUGUUACUGUACUAACCUUUUUUGUGCUUUCAGGAUUAAAUUACACAGUGCAGCACCGAAUCAUUAUGUUUGUUCUCACUUUACUGUGUUAUUCAGUCAUUUGGAUAGUAAAUGCUGCUCUCAUCAUAACCAUCAUUGUGAACAGAAAACUUCAUGAGCCUAUGCAUAUAUUCUUGUGUAACCUGUGUAUUAAUGGACUUUAUGGAACAGCAGGCUUUUACCCCAAAUUCCUCAUGGAUCUUCUGUCUACCACUCAUGUCAUCUCUUAUGCUGGAUGCCUUCUGCAGGGUUUUGUGUUGCACUCUUCUGCUUGUGCUGAUUUUUCUUUUCUAGCUGUUAUGGCCUAUGACAGAUAUGUGGCUAUAUGUCGUCCUCUGGUGUACCACUCUGUGAUGACUAAACAGAGAGUGUGUGUGUUUGUAUUUUUUGCUUGGCUUAUACCCAUUUAUUUGGUGUUCAUGGGUUCAGUUACAAUAUCAAAAUCAUUAUGCGGCUCACACAUACCAAAAAUUUACUGUGUUAAUUGGCUGGUUAAUAAACUAGCUUGUUCUGCCUCCAUAGCACACAUUGCUAUUCCAGCUUUUAAUUAUACUUUUUAUUUCUGCCAUUUUGUUCUAAUUAUUUGGUCUUAUGUAUAUCUGAUCAGGACAUGCUUAACAUCUAAAGAGAGCAUGGCAAAGUUUAUACAAACAUGUCUGCCACAUUUAUUCUGUUUACUUGGUCUUGUUGUGUGUUUGCUUAUUGAUUUGUUGUAUCUGCGAUUUGGCUCAAAAGAUUUAUCACAAAGUGCCCAGAACUUCAUCGCGAUUGAAUUUCUCCUCAUUCCUCCACUGUUUAAUCCCCUGAUAUAUGGUUUCAAAUUGACCCAAAUAAGAAAUAGAAUUAUGGCGUUUCUGUGUGGUAAACAUCUUUAG